AUGGUCUUUUUCCUCCAAAAUGGAACUCCUCUCUGUGAUCCUGUUCUUUGCCACGGCGGAACAGGAGUCGUCGUUCGACGAGGUGACAUCGCCGUCAAGCUGCCAUUGAGGUAUAUUGGUGAUAACGAUGACGAUACCCAAGCGAACCGUCUCGUCAUCAAACAUGAAGAAGAUGUGUAUCGGCGGCUACAGGAUUGUGAUGGUGUUGUGCGUUGCUUCGGCUUCCCUGGAUAUUGCAUUCAAAUGGAGUUGAUGGAAAAUGGAGAUCUUGCUACGUAUCUGAAGGGACAACGCCCGGUGCAGUCUCUUCAGCUCUCAUGGUUUCGGCAAAUGGCUCAUACGCUUGUUCGCAUACACGACCGUUGCGUUAUAGUGGCAGAUAUUGCUACAAAGAAUUUCGUUCUCAGUGCUGACCUCUCUGUUAAAUCCUGUGACUUCACUGAGUCCUCUAUUCUGCCCCUUGGUUCUGACAUGGAGCGCGCCGACGACCAUGGUUACCUCAAUUUACACGGACAUUGGCCAAUUGGGUGCUGUGAUAUACGAGGUUAUAACCGGGCAGCGUUGCGAAUUUGA